AUGGAAAAACGUUUUCGAGCCGAUGAUAGCCUACGCUCCAGCUAUGUGCAGUUUAUGGAAGAAUACCGACAACUCGGUCAUAUGGAGGAGGUGCAGAGUCGCGUCGCGUUGCCCCAGUAUUUCUUGCCCCACCACGCCAUCCACCGCCCAGAUUCUUCGACCACUAAAAUAAGGGUGGUGUUCGACGGUUCAGCCAAAAGCAGUAACCACGUUUCACUAAACGAUUUGCUCCUGACUGGACCCACGGUUCAGCCAACUCUACUAUCAAUAGUUCUCAAUUUCCGCCUGCAUCGUUAUGUCAUGACAGCGGAUAUAGAGAAGAUGUACCGGCAAAUUCUGGUACAUCCAGAUGAUCGAUCACUGCAGAAAAUUCUAUGGCGCAAAGGGGAAUCCGAUUCCAUCAAGCCUUACCAACUGAACACCGUCACAUACGGUACUUCGUGCGCUCCUUACCUGGCCACUAGAACGUUAAAUCAACUGGCGGAUGAUGAUGGACAUGCAUAUCCUCUAGCAGCAUCCGUACUAAAGCAUGAUUUCUAUGUGGAUGAUUUGUUAACGGGUUCGGAUAAUUUGGACACACUAUUGCAAACAAACCAGCAACUCUGUCAAUUGCUCAAACAAGCCGGAUUUUCCCUUCGAAAAUGGAGUGCCAACAAGUCUACAGUUUUGCAGCACAUUCCGGAGAAGGACCGUGAGACUUUGGAAGUUCUGGAACUCGACCAAUCACCUUCAAUCAAGACCCUCGGUUUGCUGUGGUUUCCGUCAGAAGAUCUGUUUGGAUUUAAGAUCCCGAAGCUGCCAGUUCUGGGAAAGGUUACUAAGCGCAUUGCCCUCUCGGAAGUGUCACAACUAUUCGACCCAUUAGGUCUCGUUGGGCCAAUCGUGGCUAGUGCUAAGAUGUUUGUCCAACAACUUUGGAUGGAAGAUUUGAAUUGGGAUGACGAGCUUCCUGAAAGGCUCCAAUCAACGUGGUUAUCUUUCCGUACAUCGAUCAACGAUAUUAAGGCGUUGCGUGUACCCAGAUGGGUUCUUGGUUCCUCAACGAUCUCGUACAAGCUGCAUUGCUUCACGGAUGCUUCAGAAAAAGGAUACGGAUGCUGUAUCUAUGUUGUCUCAUAUGACGACGGACAUGCGAUAGCGAGCAACCUGUUGAUUGCUAAGUCUCGUGUGGCACCAGUUGAUGGUCUAACCAUUCCUCGUCUCGAACUCUGCGCUGCCUGUCUUGGAAGUCAACUUAUGAACACCGUCCAUCAAACAACAAAGUUUGCUGGGAAUCCUACGUUUUGGACAGAUUCAUCCAUCGUCCUUUAUUGGAUCAACUCCCCACCCACGAAGUGGAAAGUAUACGUGUCAAACCGAGUAGCAGAAAUUCAACGGCUUUCUCAAGGUUCUCAAUGGCGUCACGUCUCCACUACCGACAAUCCGGCUGAUAUCAUUUCAAGGGGCGCAGAGCCCAAGCAGCUGUUACAUGCAUCACUCUGGUGGCAUGGACCGUCUUUUCUUUUACUUCCGCCGGAAGAUUGGCCAGCUCCAUCUUUUCUCAUGUCAUCACGCACAACGGAACAACUAUCGACGGAACAAAAGGCGACUGUCGCACUUCAUUCUUCCGGUACAGAUGAAUCGCUUAUACACUCUUACUCAGAGCUAGCCCACUUGCUUAGGAUUACCGCCUAUUGCAUGCGGUUCAUAAACAAUUGUAAACUGCCUGAGCAAAAUCGCAAUUUAGCCAGACUAACUGUACUCGAAUACGACAAUGCGAUGAAAUCGCUUAUUCGCCUUGCACAGCGUACCUCUUUUCAAGCUGAGCUACAAUACCUAAACCAAAAACCUCGUGGAUUCAAUUCGCUUAAGGACGCUCAGUUCCAAUCGUCGCUCAAAAAUCUUGAUGUGUUUCUGGACGCCAGUGGUCUUCUUCGCUUAAAUGGCCGUUUGGUCAAUCUGCCAGGAUCGUAUGACAGCCGCUAUCCGAUGUUACUGCCGGCAGAUCACCAUCUCACACGGCUAAUUGCGAGAUCAAUUCACCAUCAAACGCUGCACGCAGGACCGACCCAACUGCUCGCAACCAUCAAGCAGCGCUUUUGGCCAAUUCGUGGCAGAGAUUUAGCUCGAAGAACAGUCAACCAAUGCGUUAAGUGUUUCCGUUGCCGCCCGAAAGCUAGUAACCAGUAUAUGGCGCCACUACCGUCUACACGCAUAACUCCAGCUAAAGUCUUCGAGCAUACAGGGCUAGAUUACUGUGGGCCGUUUCUCGUUCGUCAACUCGCAGGUAGGGGUGCAGCGAACAAGGUGUGGGUCGCAGUGUACGUCUGCUUCGCCGUUAAAGCCGUGAUGCUGGACAUCGUCGCCGGGUUAUCAGCAACCGCGUGCGUCAAUUCGUUAAGACGCUUCGUGAGCCGUGUCGGGCGCGUGCGCGUAAUACACUGCGACAACAGUACCGCGUUUAUCGGCGCGUUUCGCGAAAUCAAAGAAAUGAGACGACAGUACCACGAACAGCUGAAGUCCAACCAAUGGGCGACUGAGUGCCUAGAAAAGGGAAUCGAAUUCCAGUUUAUACCACCACGAGCUCCGCACUGCGGCGGAUUGUGGGAGGCGGCGGUGAAAUCCUUUAAACAUCAUUUGGUUCGCAUCAUGGGUUCAUCGCCGUACCAGCUUGACGAUCUCCGUACUGCUAUCGCCCAGGCUGAGAGUCUUCUAAAUUCCCGACCGUUAACUCCUAUCUCCAACCAUCCUAAAGAUAUAUCGGCACUAACUCCUGCCCAUUUCCUCAUUGGAGAACCAACUUUCCGUCUGCCCGAACCAGAUUAUACUAGCGUACAAUUAAACAGGCUCUCCCACUUCCAGGCAACCCAACGUGCCAUCAACGAUCUGUGGAAACGUUGGUCUAAGGAGUACAUAUCGUUGCUCCAUCAGCGGCCAUCAAAGUGGCGAAAGGUUCCUACCGAAUUCAAGGUCGGCGCCAUGGUUCUUGUAAAGGAUGACAAUGCUCCACCCAAACACUGGCUUCUUGGACGUGUCACGGCUGUUUAUCCGAACAAAGAUGAAAUUACCAGGGUUGUAGACGUUCGGACACAAUUCGGCAUUCGUCGGCGGGCUACAACGGAGCUCUGUUUACUGCCUGUUGAUGACAACCUGUAA